AAUAAAAUCAACAACAAUAAUAAUAACAAUAAUUAUAAUAAUGAUUUAAAAAACUACUACUACUAAUAAUAAUAAUACAAACGCAACAGUGAAUGUUAUUGCCAAGUUCCACCGCAUGAGGUCACUGUUGGGUAUCCUGUGCGCUGCAUAGUAACUCGCGUCAUCCUUUUAUUUUAUUUUUUGUUUGUAUUCAUUUAUUUUUCGUUUUAUUUCAUAUGAUUUCUUGAAAUCAUUUCAUGUUCUUGUUUGAUUUGGAUUUUUUAAAAUUUUUUCUCACUUUUUGUUUUUCAAACUUUUUUUUAAUUCGUUUGUUUUUUCAUGCUCUUAUUCUCAUUUUAGUAUUAUUGCAACCAUGACGUCAUAACUACUACAAAAAUCUUACAUUUGUAUUCAUUUGUGGUGAUUAGAAUAUGUUUAUUUGAUUGGACUUUUCCGAAAAAAGAAUGAAAAACCUUUUAGUAUUUUCCAAAAUAAAACUAUGUAGUCCUUUUUUGAAGAUCAAGUUGAUGACCUCACGCCAUUCAAACGCAAGAGGCUGUCAAAUGGAACAAAAAGGUGAAUAUUUCUGAAGGGACGAGAGACCUCGUGCCCCCCCCCCCUCCCGUUGUGACCUAUGACCUUUCACACUGACUCCAUUGAAGUGGGGUCAGGAGAUGCAAGUAUUCCAGGCGUGAACGCCAUCGUGGCCUCAAAGAUGACGUUUGGAGGCGCGGCCAAGGUGGACCAACAAGGACGUAUAAAUCCCCCCGCAGACACUUCACUGUGUCCUUCACGCUCAUCAUCUUCAUCAUCGACAUCAUCGUCGUCGACAUCAUCAUCGUCGACAUCGUCCUUUGCAGGCCCUACCAGAAGACAACAUGUCCGAGGCAAAGAAAAUGGGGUCGAGUCGCCGGCAUCACAUGAAGAGUUUGAUGCUGCAGAUCGCCGCCAGCUGGUUGGAGCAGGAAGCCGUCGCCAUGGUCGCCACCAAGAAAGCUCACAUGGCGGAGAAGUGCCCCGCCCCCGACCUUGGCGGGGACCAGGCUUCUCUGAUGGACGUCUGCAAGAAGCUGCAGCACAUCAUCGAGAAGAUGGACGAGGAGCGCUACGACACCGAGUUCAAAGUGUCUAAGGCGGACAAGGAGAUCCAGGACUUGAAGAUGAAGGUGGUGGAGCUGGCGGGCGUCAAGAAGCCCGCCCUGAAGAAGGUGCGCAUGUCGGCCGACUCCAUGCUGCAGGCGCUGCUGGGCUCCAAGCACAAGGUCACCAUGGACCUCAGGUCCAACCUCAAGCAGGUCAAGAAGGAGGUCAAGGAGGAGGCGGUGGAGGCCGUGGGCGACUGGCGUAAGAACGUGGAGGAUAAAGCCGACAGGAAGAAGAUGUUUGAGACUUCCUGAAGAAGUUUCCUCAUGUUCCUCACGUGUUCCUCUGAUUGGCA